AUGACAAGAAGGUGUUCGCAUUGCAGUCACAACGGGCACAAUUCUCGAACGUGUCCGAAUCGAGGAGUGAAGCUUUUUGGGGUCCGAUUGACAGAUGGGUCGAUCCGGAAGAGUGCAAGUAUGGGUAACUUAACCCAUUAUAUGGGUGGUGGCGGUGGGAGUGGAAGUGGGACGCCUUUAAACGGCGUCACUCAUGAUUCCCCAGCCGACACCCCCGACCACCCCUCAUCUGGCUCUGGCGUCGCCGAUGGAUAUGCCUCAGAGGACUUUGUUGCGGGGUCGUCUUCCAGCCGCGAGAGGAAGAAAGGUGUUCCAUGGACUGAAGAAGAGCAUAGGAUGUUUCUGCUUGGUUUGAAAAAGCUUGGUAAAGGCGACUGGCGCGGAAUUGCUCGUAAUUAUGUAAUAACCAGAACACCUACCCAGGUAGCCAGCCAUGCCCAAAAAUAUUUCAUCAGGCAAAGCAAUAUAUCUAGGAGAAGAAGACGCUCUAGCCUCUUCGACAUUGUGGCAGAUGAAUCAGCCGACAAUCACGUGGUAUCAAGAGACUUUUUCUCUGUAGACCAUCCACAAGCUGAGACACAAAGCAGCACUGCAUUUCCUCCUCUUCCUGUGGACGAAGAAUGUGAAUCAAUGGAAUCUGCAAACUCCAAUGAUGGCGAGGCCAUGCUUCCUAAACCCGAGGGUGCACAAUACUCAUCAUACCCUGUUGUAUAUCCUGCUUAUGUUGCUCCAUUCUUUCCAUUGUCCUUCCCAUUCUGGCCAGGGUACAAUCCGGAGCCUGUUAAAGAAGAAACCCAUGAAGUGCUCAAGCCAACGGCUGUACAUUCGAAGAGUCCAAUUAACGUUGAUGAGUUCGUUGGCAUGUCAAAACUAAGCUUAGGAGAAUCCAUUGGUGAUUCAGGGCAUUCUCCUGUCUCUCUAAAACUUGUUGAAGGGUCUACGAGGCCAUCUGCUUUUCAUGCUAACCCAGGGUCUGGCGGUUCAGGUAUCAGCUCUAGCCACAGCCCAAUUCGGGCCGUGUAG